AUGUCCAGUUCAGAUUUCAUCAAAGAAAAGCAUGUACAAUAUGUGAUAGAACAAGAUUCACAUAGAUCAUAUGAGUAUUGGUUAAGUGAACACCUAAGAAUGAAUGGAUUGUAUUGGGGUGUGACUGCUUUAAUUACCAUGAAUGAACUUGAUGCAUUAGAUAGGUCGCAAGUGAUAGAGUACAUAUUGAGCUGUUGGGAUGAUAGGUCUGGCGGGUUCAGUUCAUUUCCAAAGCACGAUGCACAUAUAUUGUCGACGUUGUCUGCAUUACAAGUUCUUAAGAUUUAUGAUUUGAAGUUGUCAAUGCUUUCCGAAUCCCAACAAGAAAAAUUAGUUGUUUUCAUAAAAGGAUUACAAUUGCCAGAUGGUAGCUUCCAGGGAGACAAAUUUGGCGAAGUUGAUACCCGAUUUGUGUAUACUGCCGUAUCUUCGUUAUCUCUUUUAGAUGAAUUGACCCGAGAAAUUCUGGAACCAGCAGUGGCGUUUAUUAUGAAGUGCAAGAACUUUGAUGGAGGGUUUGGAAUGUUACCAGGUGCAGAGAGUCAUGCUGCUCAAGUAUUCACGUGUGUCGGUACUUUGGCCAUAGCUGAUAGGUUAGAUUUAAUAGAGAAGGAUAAUCAGCUUGCGUCGUGGUUGAGUGAAAGACAGGUAUUGCCAAGUGGAGGUUUCAACGGAAGACCAGAAAAAUUGCCGGAUGUAUGUUAUAGUUGGUGGGUACUUUCUUCCUUAGCAAUUUUGAAUAAGAAGCAUUGGAUUGACUUGGCUAAAUUAGAGAACUUUAUUCUCACAUGCCAGGAUCUUGAGGAUGGUGGCUUCAGUGAUCGCCCAGAUAAUCAGACGGAUAUUUAUCAUACCUGCUUUGGGAUAGCAGGAUUAAGUCUAAUUGAUUUUGAAAGGUAUAAGUUCAAAGAAAUUGAUCCUGUCUAUUGUAUGCCACUUCAGAUAACGAAAGAUUUCAAAAAAUGGAAAUCUUAA